ACCUUGGCUUAGGCUAUUCGGGGUCGGCUUCGGUAGUCCGAGUCGGACUAUACAAGGGCUAUCGGCCAUUGGCUGUCGUCGAGACUAACCAUGAUGACCACCACGUGUCUAGUCAACACAAUAACCUCAAACCCGGACCGUACAAGAAAUCCUUGUUUCACGGUUCAAGUCCAGAACGCAAUUCCAGGGUCUUCAUGAUGCUAUCUAUAUAAGGGCUUUGUGCGCCUGAUUGAUGGACUAGGACUUCUCAUGCCAAUCAGAUAGCGAUAACAACCCUUCAAGUCGAGAAACACUAGAAAGCAGCCCUCAUCAAUGAGUGGGGAAGCAGAGCUAAGAGUGACCUUUUUCCCUCCGCUCUAUCUUCAGAGAAGAAUAUGGGUGCUAGACAUUCUUCGCCGCGAGCAGGUCACCGAGAUCGUAGACAUCGGGUGCGGGGAGGGUCAGCUACUCGCAGUUCUCUGCCAACCUGCACUUUGUCUUCCCCCUCCCGACCCUGGCGUAUUGGCAUAUCCUAGCGAUGCGACUUCAACCACACCCGAACCAGGUGAUCUCGACCUCCACCCGACGCGCAUCACCGGCCUCGAUAUCUCAUCUCACGCACUUGCAUCCGCGAUCGAAGGUACUUCCCCCGCUGCCGCAAACGCAUCAUACACGCGAUGGGAACCACUCGGAGUAAACAUUUGGCACGGCGGGCUCGAGAUCUUCAACCCACACUUUGUCAAUGCAGAAUGUAUCGUCGCAACAGAGGUAGUUGAACACCUCCCAGAAGCAAUUCUCACCGAUUUCGCGCCCAUGAUCUUGGGCGUGUACCACCCUCGCUUGCUUCUCGUCACAACCCCAUCUUAUGGGUUUAACGCGCGUUUCAGCCCACCUGGCUUGACGAACACCGCCACUGGCUUCCCCGAUCCUACGAAACGCACAGACAGGGUGUUCAGGCACCACGACCACAAAUUCGAAUGGACCGUCGAAGAGUUCCAGGAGUGGUGCGCAGGCAUCGCGCAGGAAUGGGGAUACGAUGUGGAUACGACGACUAUUGGCCGUGCACAGGAGAAAGAUAAGUGGGGCCGGGAUGAAGAGCUAGGAGGUGCAAGCCAGGUUGCUGCCUUUAAACGUCUUGAAGGCGAAGCUUGGACUACGAUACGUGACGAAAAGAGCACCCAGAUGAAAGAAAGGUCAAAAAACCAACAAAACCAUCGUCUAUUGAAAACACACCACUACGAUGCGCAUGUUCGCGCAGGAAAACGAGGGUCAGCCGAGGAGAUCGCCAAGGCUGUAUCGGACAAGUUCGAAGAAUGGGACGAGGGUGAGCUGCGAUUAGAGGAAAUCUGGUUUAUAGAGGAGAUCGGAGCGAUGUGUGGCGGGUGGUUCGAAGUUCUUAUCGAGGCUAUCGAGACAAGUGCGAAGUUUGAUCUCCAAAGAAGCAAGGGCCAGAGAAGGGGAGAUUGGCGGGUGUUGCUAGUCGGAGGCAGGCCUGGGAAGAAGAAGAGGACAUCAGAGUGGGCUCCAGAAGAACCGGCGGAUGAUUUGUUUGAGGAAGUCCUGCAAUCGGAAGGAUAUCGUUCUGAUGACGACCCGGGAUUCGACUGGGGAAGUGGUCUGUAUUCUUCAGACUCUGGCGUUGAUCUUCUGUGGGACACGAGCAAAGACGGGAAUGCAUGGGGGAAGGAGUCUGCUUGGACGGGCGAGUCUUGUGAAGACGAGUAGGAGCAGGUGUAACUCUUUGUCUGCAGCUUAGCAUCAUGAUAGACCAGAAUGAGCCCGGGACACAAGACAAGUGUAAUUCAUUGGUAAUAAAUGCAGAUCGGU